AUGGAGAGUUUCCGAUCAGGUUGUUCCAAGAAGAUGGAGCUAGACAAGUUAACUUUCGCUAAUAAAGCAUGUCGUGACAAGAAAGCUGUUAUAUCAUUCUCCUCCGGGAAACGAGAAAUUAACAUUCAUAACCUAAACCAUCGGAUGUUACACGAGGCACAUAGCAUGGAUGGUGAGAAACGUCUUCUCAAGUUGCUGAAUCCAAAUAUGGAUCUCGACUCUGGAUUAUCUCUUAAACAAGCCGAAGAACAAGUGUGGAAGUUAUAUAGUUGGAUGAAAUGGCCACAAUAUAAUAACAGUACAAGCACAAUCGAAGGAGAAGAAUCUGAGAGAAAGCUAAGGGAACUUGAAUGGGAGAGAGAUCAAGUGUUUGUUAAUGCUCCUCCUAAAGCUUCUUUAUGGAAUGCAUUGCCUUCGACCAAGGACUUACGCAACCAGAUUCAAGCUAUGGAGGCACGAGGUGAAGAAAAGAGGAAAAUGGUUUUAGGGAGAAGAAAGAAGAUAGAGUCGAAGGAGAGAAAGAUAAACAAGGCAGAGAAGGAGAUGAAGUCUAUGAUAAAGAUGAUGGAGAUGAUUCGCAACAGAAAGCUGAGAGCUUUGGAAACCAUUUCACACCAAAGAACGAGAACCAAAAUUCUCUACAAUCACCAUCAGUCAUCAUCACCAACUAACAACGCCUUUGGAUCUCGCCAGAUCCAUUUCGAACCAAACAAGAAAGCCAAAAUUCGGCUCGCUUCUCGGUCUAGUCGAAUCUUCACUGUUUGGUCUGAGUUUCUUCUCCUUUUUGUUUCACCAAUGGCGGCCUUUAUCAAUCUGGAGGAUUCCCCAAUGUUUCAGAAACAGGUUUGUUCCUUGGAGGGGACAGCUGAAGAGCUGAAAGAUCGUUGUCAGAAGCUAUACAAAGGUGUCAAGAAGUUUAUGGGAGCUUUGGGAGAGGCAUCCAAAGGAGAAAGUGCGUUUGCAGAUUGUCUGGAGGAAUUUGGGGCUGGACAUGAUGAUCCCAUCAGUCUUUCAAUUGGAGGCCCCGUUAUAUCGAAAUUCAUAAAUACACUUCGAGAGCUUGCCUCUUAUAAGGAGUUUCUUUGCUCACAGGUGGAGCAUGUGUUACUUGAGAGGUUGAUGAACUUUAUUAAUGUUGAUCUACAAGAAGCUAAGGAGUCUCGCCAUCGAUUUGAUAAAGCUGCUUAUUCGUAUGAUCAGUCACGCGAAAAGUUUGUGUCUUUAAAGAAGAAUACAAGAGGAGAAGUUGUUGCAGAGUUGGAAGAGGAUCUGGAGAACUCAAAGUCAACAUUUGAGAAGAGCCGUUUCAAUCUAGUAAAUUCACUGAUGACUAUUGAAGCUAAAAAAAAGUAUGAGUUUUUGGAAUCUAUAAGUGCAAUUAUGGAUGCCCAUCUGAGAUACUUUAAACUUGGAUACGACUUGUUGGGUCAACUGGAACCAUUUAUCCAUCAGAUAUUAACAUAUGCUCAACAGUCAAAAGAACAGUCUAAGAUUGAACAAGAUAGACUAGCAAGACGCAUUCAAGAAUUCAGGACCCAGUCUGAAUUAGACAGCCAACAGCUUGCCGCUGACGCCGAACCCUCUGGUGUUAACGGAAACCGCGUUGUUGGGAUGAUCCCUUAUAAAAAUACUGAAACUUUAACUGCAGACAAGGAAGUAAUUAAACAGGGGUAUUUAUUAAAGCGAUCAUCAAGUUUGAGAACUGAUUGGAAAAGGAAGUUUUUUGUCCUUGAUAGUCAUGGCUCCAUGUACUAUUACAGAAACACUGGCAAUAAAUCAAUGGGAUCUCAGCAUCAGUAUAGUGGUUCAUCUGACCAUAAUACUGGCGUCUUUGGUCGAUUUCGUGCAAGACAUAAUCGAGCAGCUUCACUCACUGAGGGCAUCUUAGGAUAUAAUACUAUCGAUCUCCGCACUUGUUUGAUAAAAUUGGAUGCAGAAGACAUGGAUCUUCGGCUCUGUUUCAGAAUUAUAUCUCCUAAAAAAACUUACACGCUUCAGGCUGAAAAUGGAGCAGAUAGGAUGGACUGGGUAAAUAAAAUCGCAACAGCUAUAGGGACGCUUCUGAAUUCUCAUUUUCUGCAACAGUCGCCAGUGCAAUACUUGGAUAAAGACUACAGUGGUUCUGCUCCUCCUAAAGGUGCCGUCUCCCUGGAUCAAAGUCUCCACAAUGAUGCAAGACGAAAUAUCGGUGAUGAUGUCUCCACAAUGCUCAGAGGAAUUCCGGGGAAUAAUGUAUGUGCAGAGUGCAAUGCUCCUGAGCCCGAUUGGGCUUCGUUAAAUCUUGGAGUUUUGUUGUGCAUUCAAUGCUCUGGUGUUCACAGGAACCUCGGGGUUCAUAUAUCCAAGGUCAGGUCCCUCACGUUAGAUGUGAAAGUGUGGGAGCCAACGAUCUUGGACUUAUUUCGAAAUUUGGGCAAUCUAUACUGUAACUCACUGUGGGAGGGGUUACUUCACCUUGACGAUGACUGUGAAGACGGAUCAACAUCGUCACGUGCUUCAAUUUCAAAACCAUGUCCAGAAGAUCCAUUUACUGUGAAGGAGAAAUACAUUCUAGGGAAGUACCUGGAGAAAGCGCUAGUCAUCAAAGAUGAAGGCAAAGCAAACCCUUGUGCUGCAAACAGAAUAUGGGAAGCUGUUCAGAGCAGAAACAUACGAGAAAUCUAUCGACUCGUAGUAACUUCGGGGGAUGUAAAUAUCACCAACACCAAGUUCGAUGACAUAACUGAUAUCGAUGCGUAUCACCAUGUUGAUGCAUCAGAGGAAGCAGUAAAGAAAAGACAUGACCCAGCUGUGUGUCAGAGAAUCAAAGACUCCAACGAACCAGGAAACUGUCUUCAAGGCUGUUCCUUGCUCCACGUGGCUUGUAACAUCGGUGACUCUGUCUUGCUUGAACUAUUGUUACAGUUUGGUGCUGAUCUAAACAUGAGAGAUUAUCACGGAAGGACUCCGUUACAUCACUGCAUAUCAUCCGGGAACCACAAGUUUGCAAAGAUUCUACUGCGAAGAGGAGCACGUCCAUCGAUAGAGGACGAUGGAGGGCUAAGCGUGCUAGAAAGGGCAAUGGAAAUGGGAGCCAUAACCGAUGAGGAGCUUUUUCUUCUCUUAGCUGAGUGCGCCUAAGCACAGCUGCAUUAGAAUCACCUUUUCGGUGGUGGUACAAGUCACUAGAUUCUGAUAAGCCAUGCUCACACAACGUUUUGAGUCCUUUAUCUAUGUAUAAGGAUAUGGUUUUCAUCAGCUAUAGGUUUUUUUUUGUCAACAAUGUAAUGAACUUCCUGCUUUUUUUUUUUUUUUUUUAAGUUACUAGUGCUUUUCUUGUGGUUUCAAUUCAAAUGUCAUUUUCCGUUUGCAUUUGCGUUUAUUGAAAUUAAUUAAUUUCAGUAAAUUUCAUAUUUAACUACA